AAUCUCUUCCAUCUAAUAAUUUACAUCUUUCCUUCUAAUAUCAUUUAUUAAAUUAAAACAUGAGUGAUAGCGACAGCACAAGGGCUAAAGAGGCUUACUUCCCUGAACAGGAAGAAAAAGCCGUCCCAACUGUGUUGAAGUCAACUUCAAAAUCCAUUGGGGUCAGAAAAGCAGAAGUCAUGAUGGAACAAUACCAACAUCCUGUACUAAAGGUUAUUUUAUUCGUCUGCAUUUUCAUAGUGUCGUACGCAUAUGGUAUUGAUGGGACUCUCAGAUAUACUUUCCAAGCAUAUGCCACUGCUUCUUAUGGUCAACAUUCGCUUAUCUCCACUGUUGGAGUUAUUCGUGCUGUUGUCGCUGCAGCUUCGCAGCCAACAUACGCUCGUUUGUCUGACAGAUUUGGAAGAAUUGAACUUUUUGUAGUUUCAAUUAUUUUCUACGCAAUGGGGACUGUGAUUGAAUCCCAAGCUUAUGAUGUGCAAAGAUUUGCCGGUGGUGCUGUUUUGUACCAAAUUGGAUAUUCUGGGGUUAUGUUGAUGCUUCAAGUUAUCUUGGCUGAUUUUUCCAACUUGAAUUGGAGAUUGGUUUGUUCCAUGGUUCCAACCUUACCCUUUAUUAUCAAUACAUGGGUGUCAGGUAAUAUGGUUGCCUCUUUGUAUCCAAAAUACCUGUGGAAUUUCUGUAUUGGUAUGUGGGCUUUCAUUUUCCCAUUGACUUGUGUACCUUUGCUCGUCUGCUUAUUCCAUAUGUGGUUUCUUGCGAAGCGUACCAAAGAGUGGGGUAUCAUUCUCGAGGAUGAAAAAAAGGAGCACCCAACCACUUGGGUCUCUUGGAAGAACAAUAUCCUUAAGGACUUGUUUUGGGAAAUCGAUUUUAUCGGUAUCCUAUUCAUCAUCUGCGUCUUUGGUUUCAUUUUGGUUCCAUUCACUCUUGCCUCGGGUGUCUCCGAUAAAUGGAAACGAGCUUCAACCAUUGCCCCUCUUGUCAUUGGUUUUGUUCUUAUCCCAUUCUUCAUAAUCUGGGAAAAGAAGUUUGCCCGUUUCCCAAUUACUCCUUUCGCUUUACUAAAAGAUCGAGGUGUUUGGGCUGCCCUUAUUGUUGGUGUGAUGAUUGAUUGGAUUUGGUACAUGCCAAAUGAUUUCAUGUACACUGUCUUGAUGGUGGCCAUGAACCAGUCCCAAAAGGCAGCCAUUAGAAUUACCUCGUUGUAUUCUUUUGUCUCUGUUAUUGUAGGUCCACUCCUUGGUCUUGUAAUUGUCAAAUUCAGAAGAACUAAAGGGUUCAUUAUUUUCGGUGUAUCCUGUUGGGCAAUUGCUCUCGGUCUCCUCGUUCACUUUAGAGGUGACAAUGACGGUGUUCAAUCUGAAAAGUUUGUCAAUGGUGUCAUUGGUUCUCUUUGUUUGAUGGGUUUCGGUGCUGGAUUCUUCACAUACACCACCCAAGUCUCCAUUUCAACUUGUACCAACCAUGAACAUAUGGCUGUAAUUAUUUCGCUUUACUUAGCGUCUUACAAUAUUGGUUUGGCCAUUGGUGCCUCGGUCUCUGGUGCUGUUUGGACUAACCUUAUGUACAAGGAAAUUGUCAAGCAAAUGCAAAAGGCUGGAAUUGAUACAGCACUCGCAACAUUUGCCUAUGGCUCCCCAAUUGGAUUAAAAAGUUUCAUUGAAACAUACACUUGGGGAACUCCUGAAAGAAUUCCAGUUGUUUUGGCAUAUGCUCAUGUUCAAAAGAUUUUGUGUAUUGUUGGGCUUGUAUUGGUGUUCCCAUUACUCAUUGCUACCUUCUUCUUGAGAGAUCAUAAGCUUGAAUCUGUUCAAAGUCUUGAGUUGGCCAAUGAUGGUGGUAUUAAGGAUAGUGACGGAGAGGUUGUUGUGAAUAACUAUGACGAGGAUGUCAUGGUUAAGAAGUUUAAGUCUAUCUUUCGUAGACUGUAAGUUUAAGUCUAUCUUUCGUAGACUGUAUAUGAUAAAUUAAUUAAUAACGAAUAUGACCAUUAUGAUUUCCUUUGUAG